GCAAUGCGGAAGUAGUUUGGAAAUCCGGAAUGAAUCGUCGUUUACUGUUGCUGUUAAGCGGAUUGAUCGAAAAUUCUAAACGUUGUCAGAGAGUUUUGGAUGGAGGUAGAGGUGCUCAUCUCUCACACACUGCGCUGUGAAGCGUGAAAACACAAGGAAAGACUGACAGAAAAGGAUCUGCUGCAUAUCAAAUACAAAUGUGUGAGAGUGAGCGUGAGAUCCAGCCCUCUAAUACUGAUUAAACAGUGCUGUAUAAGUGCAGCUGACCCCUGGGGUAACUGCGAGCGAGUGUGAGGAUGCAGCCGGGCAGUCAGGAGACUCUGCCCGCUACAGGGGAGCGAACAGAGCCAAGCCAGGUGCCCAGUAAAGACACGUCCUCCCUGGACGGCACGUCUGACCUGGGUAGCCCUCGAACUGUGACCUUUGACCUCUUCAAUAUGGUGGUUUCAUACAAGCGUAUGGCCAUCUUUCUGGAACCGGUUACUGAUGUGGUGGAGGUCCUGCGAUACUUGCUCGGGUGGAGAAUGCCUUUGUGUUCUCUCUUCUGCUGCAUCCUAUUGAACAUCCUCUUCAUCACAUUGAGUGAAGUGGUUUGGUUCUCGCUUCUCCUGUUGGUGGUCUCUGUCCCCGCUGUGCUGGGUUACCUUGGUGACCGUUGCCAGGCUGAUGCCAGCGACGCAGCCGUGCAGAAAAAGAGGCAUCACGCAGUACAGCGCAGAGAACUGCAGACCGUCCGCAUGACCCGCCAGGAAGCCAUGAUGGAAGUUAAGGGCCUAUUAAAGAGGCUGGAUGAGUUCCUGACUCAGGCGUGUAUGUAUGCAGAGUCUGUGUAUAAGGUCUUGUACUGGGAGAGUCACACAGCCUCUUCACUGUUUUACGGCUUCCUCCUGACGACAGUGUGUUUACUGUACACGGCUCCUGUGGGCUGGAGUCUGUCUCUCAUCAACAGCACCCUCUUCAUCUGGAACAAAGACUUCUGCAGGCUUGUGUUGCAGCUGAAGGACUUGUUCCGCUCGCCUCCGGUCCAGCCUGCAGAAGGAGAGACAGAAAAGAGCGAUCCAGACCCGAGCCACGUGUCAGACCGAACCCCUACUCCCACCAGUCUGGAGGAUCUGUCACCAGGAAGUGUGGAGGAGGCAGAGGAGGCGGAGCCUGAUGAUGAGUUUCGAGACGCCAUAGAGGAGAACCAGCUGGUCCUGCAGGAGUCGUCUACAAUCACUGGGCUGACCAAAGCCCUGUGGAGACGUGUAAUUCAUAAGGAUGAUGAUGAUGUGGCGGUGGGCGGAGCCGAUUAUGACUCUGUGUCUGAUAACGGCUUGUUGAGCAGGAAUGAGCCGAUACGCAGCCGAGUGUCCAAACUCACUGAGAGACUCCGCAAGCGUGUACCCACCAACCCCACAGGUAACUGUUCCAGCUGUGCUGCAGCGUUCUCCGUGUUAAAGAAGAGGCGGUCCUGCCCUAACUGUGGUGUGAGCUUGUGUUCUCGCUGCUGUUCCUACAAAGUGCUCAGGUCCAGUAUGGGAGCUACAGCUCCAGAGGCUCAGAGAGAGACGGUGUUCGUCUGCGCUCCAUGUAACACCUAUCUAAGUGUGAAGUAGCACCCGGUAACAACCCGUUACAGCAGAAAGCUCCACAGCACCUGAACCUGUGGGUGGGCGGAGCUCUGCGUCCUCGUGAGGUUCUCGUCUCGUGAUCAUCCUGCACUGCAGCUUGGAAUCCUGCUUCCUGCCUCGUGUCUCCUCCCUUCCCUCUGCUUCCUGUAAACCUUCAGUAGGUGUUUCUGUUACUGAUCGUAAGAAAUCAGCUGAUUUGGGGCGUGUAGGUCAUGUGACCUCAUCCUGUACUGCACAUCUAUAUCCGUCUAUGUUUCAAAAAACACGGGUAAACUGAUUUGGCCGUUCCCAUAGCAACAUGUUCUGGCCCCCCGUUAUGACCUGGACUGUGGGAAUAACUUCAGCCCUGGAGUUAAGACAAAUCAUUACAUCAUCACUCGUCAGUGUUUUAUUAAAAUAAUAAGAUGAUGAUGAUGGUGUUGAGUUCUUCUGACUUGAGAACAUAUAUUUUACUGUCCAAAGUCAAAUCCUUUCUCUUCUGUAGACGCUCAGACAAGUCCAGGCUCUGGUUGCUUUAGAUGUCCGAUUCUGAUCGAGUCUCUCCUUGAUUUGUUUCUGCCCCAGAUCUUCAACUGCGGCUGUUAAAACAUCACAUUUCGGAACGGCGCUAAUGCUAAAAGUCAGCGACCGUCAUCUGGAAUUAUGAACGUAGCAUAAAUAGGUGGCUAGGAGCUUCUGUUCGUCGUUAGCAGCAUUAGCAUCCUCAGUACUUCAAGUUCUUCUGUCUGAAACCUUCAGCACUCUUCAGGACCUUUCCAUAAUAGUUGUUGUUAUGGCGAUAAAAUAGCCCCACCCACAUCUCCUCCUCAGGUUCUCGCUUCAGAGCAGGUCGGAUUUUGAAGAGAAUCGGUUCUGAGGUGAUGGAGGGGGAAAAAAAGUGAGAACGGUUUCAUCAUACGUGUGAAAUUUACGACCAGUAGUUUUCACAGAACCGGGUCAGGAUGUGCAACUGUGUUCGUUCGUUCGUUAUUUAUUUAAUUACGUAAAUCUGCGUAUAUCUGAUGAACUUUUUUUUUUUUUUCCCGGUUUGAGAUUAUUUAAGAAUGAAUUCUAAUUAAAUGUGAUUAUUUCUUCUGCAGCAUUAUUAUUAUUAUUAUUAUUAUUAUUGUUGUUGUUGUUUUUGACCUGAUCUCCUGUAUCGCACAUCAGUGUUACUGUCAGAUGUGGCAUCGCUACAUACACUGUUCUUUGCGGGUUGUUGUUUUUUUUUUAAUUUCCUGUCCCGGUCACAUGACUGGCUGCUGAUUGGAUUGGAUUGUGGGCACGGCUUCUGAGCCAAUCAGGAUUGACGACGGCGACGACUCCUCAGGGAUCCAGUUUCAUCCAACACUUUCCACUUCAUCAUUUUCUCAGCGUGGUCAUGUUUGUGAUCUCGUUUUCUGUUUCUUCUCCUCAUCACUGUUUUAUUGAGAUUCAUGGAAAUGGAUUUUGCGAGGGGUUUCUGUCCUUUUCUUUUCUUUCGUUCUCUCUUUUAUCAUCGUUGUUUUUAUCUUCUUUUUUUUUAAGAUCCAGCUGAAUGAAUGUAAGAUGUCAUGUUAUAUUUUAUUUAACUGUAUGAUCUCUGUACUGUAACACGGCUGUAUUAAACCUAACUCUGUCACAGAUUGAGCAGCGUGGAGCUCGACUCUGUAGAGUUAGCUGUCUUGCUGUUUCACAAGUUCAAUAAACUCGGUUAGAGAAAUCA